GGAAAAGAGAAGAGCAAACAGGCACUUUCAGGAGCAAUCCCCUCACCUCCAAGCCGACUGCGCUCUAGGAAUCCAAAUUCCGUGCCUCCCGAAGACAAAGGCGCCCAAAGAGAGCGGCGGCGCGACCCCAGGGCGUGGGCCCCACCGCGGAGCCCGCACCGCCCGGCGCCCCGACGCCGCGGACCAUGUCUCCCGCCCCUCGACCCUCCCGCAGCUUCCUGCUCCCCCUGCUCACGCUCGGCACCGCGCUCGCCUCCCUCGCCUGGGCCCAAGGCAGCAACUUCAGCCCCGAAGCCUGGCUGCAGCAAUAUGGCUACCUACAACCCCAGUCACUCUCAGCUGCCAUUGCCGCCAUGCAAAGGUUCUAUGGUUUGCAAGUGACAGGCAAGGCUGAUUUGGACACCAUGAAGGCCAUGAAGCGCCCUCGUUGUGGUGUUCCAGACAAGUUUGGUACUGAGAUCAAGGCCAAUGUUCGGAGGAAGCGCUAUGCCAUCCAGGGCCUCAAAUGGCAGCAUAAUGAGAUCACUUUCUGCAUCCAGAAUUACACCCCCAAGGUAGGCGAGUAUGCCACAUUCGAGGCCAUUAGAAAGGCCUUCCGAGUAUGGGAGAGUGCAACGCCACUGCGCUUCCGUGAAGUGCCCUAUGCCUACAUCCGAGAGGGUCACGAGAAGCAGGCUGACAUCAUGAUCUUGUUUGCUGAGGGUUUCCACGGCGACAGUACACCCUUUGAUGGUGAAGGGGGCUUCCUGGCUCAUGCCUAUUUCCCAGGCCCCAAUAUUGGAGGGGACACCCACUUCGAUUCUGCUGAGCCCUGGACUGUCCAAAAUGAGGACCUAAAUGGAAAUGAUGUCUUCCUGGUAGCUGUGCAUGAGUUGGGCCAUGCUCUAGGCCUGGAGCAUUCCAACGAUCCCUCUGCCAUCAUGGCGCCCUUUUACCAAUGGAUGGACACAGAAAACUUUGUGCUACCUGACGACGAUCGCCGAGGCAUCCAGCAACUUUAUGGGAGUAAGUCAGGGUCACCCACCAAGAUGCCCCCUCAGCCCAGAACUACCUCUUGGCCCUCUGUCCCAGAUAAGCCCAGAAACCCCACCUAUGGGCCUAACAUCUGUGAUGGGAACUUUGACACCGUGGCCAUGCUCCGAGGAGAGAUGUUUGUCUUCAAGGAGCGAUGGUUCUGGCGGGUGAGAAAUAACCAAGUGAUGGAUGGAUACCCGAUGCCUAUUGGCCAGUUCUGGAGGGGCCUGCCAGCAUCCAUCAAUACUGCCUAUGAGAGAAAGGAUGGCAAAUUUGUAUUCUUCAAAGGAGACAAGCACUGGGUGUUUGACGAGGCUUCCCUGGAACCUGGGUACCCCAAGCACAUUAAGGAGCUAGGCCGAGGACUACCUACUGACAAGAUUGAUGCAGCUCUCUUCUGGAUGCCCAAUGGAAAGACCUAUUUCUUCAGGGGAAAUAAGUACUACCGUUUCAAUGAGGAGUUCAGGGCCGUGGACAGCGAGUACCCUAAAAACAUCAAAGUCUGGGAAGGAAUCCCUGAGUCUCCCAGAGGGUCGUUCAUGGGUAGUGACGAAGUCUUCACAUACUUCUACAAGGGGAACAAAUACUGGAAAUUCAACAACCAGAAGCUGAAAGUAGAGCCCGGGUACCCCAAGUCGGCUCUGCGGGACUGGAUGGGCUGCCCUUCAGGGGGCCGACCUGAUGAGGGGACUGAGGAGGAAACAGAGGUGAUCAUUAUCGAGGUGGACGAGGAGGGCGGCGGAGCUGUGAAUGCCGCCGCUGUCCUACUGCCCGUGCUGCUGCUGGUGCUGGUGCUGGUGGUAGGCCUUGCAGUUUUCUUCUUCAGACGCCACGGGACCCCCAAGAGACUGCUUUACUGCCAGCGUUCACUGCUGGACAAGGUCUGA